UCAGCACGUUGGCUUGACAUUGGGAGUAGAUUGCACCGCCGGCUAGCUCAGACUCAGACCCAGACUCAGUUGCAAUAAAAAUCGAAGGGCUUGAGGAUGGGUGGCUCAGUUUCCAGCCCAGCUGCCACUGUUACAGCAGAAGCUCAUGUUGGCAGUGCCUCGCCUCCGUCGGGCUGCCCUAUGCACCAGGCACGCAAGGAGAGUUCCCCUCCAUCAGAGUGUCCCAUGCACCAGAGUCCGCCUCCUACCGCAGCCUCGGCCGGACCGGCACACCAGCAGCGGGCCUACGAGUUCGUGGAGUGUCCGAUGAAGGCUGCAGACAGACAGUCUGAUAUCGAUCCAUCAAACAUGAUGCCACCACCUAACCAGCAGCCAGCCACGGACCAGCCCUUCCCUUUGCCGGUAAAUAGACAGGAAUCCACCAUCCCAAGAGCGGAAACAGAAAAAAACUGGGUGUAUCCCUCUGAGCAAAUGUUCUGGAAUGCCAUGCUAAGAAAGGGCUGGCGAUGGAAAGAAGAUGCCCUUUCUCCCCAAGACAUGACAAAUAUCAUUAAAAUCCACAAUCAAAACAACGAGCAGGCCUGGUAUGAAAUCCUCAAGUGGGAGGCGCUGCAUGCUGGUGAAUGCCCAUGUGGCCCAUCUCUGAAAAGAUUUGGUGGUAAAGCAAAGGAGUUGUCCCCCAGGGCCAGAAUUCGUCACUGGAUGGGGUAUGAAUUACCGUUCGACCGUCACGACUGGAUCGUGGACCGCUGUGGAAAAGAAGUGCGAUACGUGAUCGACUACUAUGAAGGAGACCUUGAUAAAAACACGUACGAGUUUUCUAUCCUGGACGUGCGUCCAGCAUUUGAUUCCAUCGAAGCGGUUUGGGACAGAAUGAAAGUGGCCUGGUGGCGCUGGACGUCCUAAAUCGAUGAGGUGUUACAUGGACUUAUAUCUGUACUAAUAUAUAAAUAAGAAUCGCGAGUUUUGAUCCAUUUUGUCUGCAGUUGGACUCUUUGUGUUCAGGUUUGCUGUUCUUCUACUUUCUGAGUUGUUUGUGUUACUGUCAUUCAUUUCUGACCAUAAUUUAGGAACGGCUGAGGCUUCUAGUAAAUGUUACACCACCAAUGUAAUAAUUCGUGUGCAUUUUCUUUGAUUAUAGAUCAGUCGUAUGGUAGCAAAUCCGGUUUGUGAUGUUAUUAAUAAAAUGCAUUUGACAGCACUAAAAAGAAAUCCAAAUAUAACUACAAAAUUAAUAUUAAGUGUUACCUGUUGGGGCGGCACGGUGGCUUAGUGGGUAGCACUGUCGUCUCACAGCAAGAAGGUCCUGGGUUCGAUCCCCAGGUGGGGCGGUCCGGGUCCUUUCUGUGCGGAGUUUGCAUGUUCUCCCCGUGUCUGCGUGGGUUUCCUCCCACAGUCCAAAAACAUGCAGUCAGGUUAAUUGGAGACACUGAAUUGCCCUAUGAGUAAAUGUGUAUGUGUGUGUGUGUGUGUGCCCUGUGGUGGACUGGCGUCAUGUCCAGGGUGUUACUGUGUGCCUUGCGCCCAUUGAAAAGCUGGCAUAGGCUCCAGCAAAGUGACCUAAUGCAGUGCGCUUAGCUGCGGUCAUCCCAAGUUGGAGAUAGUAUGGCAUGUAGAAUUUAUAAGGUCAGUCCUUGUUUAGUUUUUUUUCCUAUUUAUUUCUGCAUUUAGUCCAUUUUUCCUCCGAAUUUAGCUCAGCCAAUUAGUCUUCUGCUGCUGGGAAUCCUGAUUGCAUUUGAGUAGGGUAUAUUUACCUGCUCCAUGCCCCCCUCCGACAUGUGCGCAGUCCUCCAACCCCUUCUUUUUCACCCGUGCCUCGGUGGAUUCGCACAUUUACAUUUUUGGCAUUUAGCAAACACUUUUAUCUAAAGCUACUUACAGUGACCGUGUGCUGUCUAAGCAAUUGAGGAUUAAAGGCCUUGCUCAAGGGUCCAACAGUGGCAACCUGGCUGUGGUGGGCUUUUUGAUUACUAGUCCAGUACCUUAACUGCCCCAUGAGGCUCAUCCACUUCUGCUUAGGCGUCUUGGGCUGUGCUAACCAGGGUCCUUACACAGUGUUUUAAAACCCAACCCACUUUAUUAGUCUUAUUAGACUCUUUUUGUGUCUGCUGCAGGCACUGCCAAUUUUGCCCACUAGAUGGCACCCAGUCGACCACUGGCAGAGCUGAGAUUCAAACCGGGUGUUCAGAAUCUCAGCGCUGGUGUGCUAGUGGAAUUUCCCGCUGCACCGCCUGGGAGCCUUUGUUUAAUUUUUUGUCAUGUGACUAAAUAAAUAAGCAAACCUAAUGCUGAUUAAAAAAAAAAAAAAUCCCAGAUGCAACCUGUACCUCAAAACAUAAAGGACACAGAAGAAACUUUACCUAAAAUAACAUAGUUAUUAUAAAUAUAUAAAGUUAAAUAACAUGGUUGGCAGUGUCAUGUCAGCACUGUGUUUUGUGUUUAAAUAAUAAAUAGUUUGGUUGAGAAAUACA